CCAUUUUACGUUUGCCGUAAAGCAAUGGGAUAGUUGAGAAUAAUGAUAGGAGAUACGUGAUCUUUGUAGUUUACUCAUAUGUGAUUUUUUGAUGCUUUUGGAGCUUGAUGAAGUGACGUACUUGACAUUUGUUAAGUUCCCAAACGUUGUCACGCUUGGGAGAAGGAUUUUGUGAAUAGUUCGUCACCUAUCGAGAAGCAAGAAAGCGGGGAUCGCAAGGAGAAGAAUUGCUUUUAGCCAGUCAUUGCCAUGGCCUCCGAUAGCGGCGAUAGCAACAUGGAUAGAGAAAUGAUUUUGGCGGAUUUUCAGGCUUGCACUGGAAUCGACAUUGCGGAGGCAAUCGCUCUUCUCGAGCUCAACAACUGGGAUUUAGUGGCAGCAAUCAAUGGAGUGAUACCACAGGAGAACGGGAUCUUACAAAGCAGUAGCUUUGCCAGCGCGGCGAGUCAAGCCAACCUAUACGGACCCCUCAACCAAUCAGAAGCAGCCGAGGCGGCGGCGGCGGCGGCGGUAGGCCCGACCCCCAACCCCCCUUCGACGUCCUCGUCCUCCUCUCCUCCGUCCUCCUCCGCCUCCGGCUCUGCCUUCUGCCCCAUCCUCCAGUCCUCCCGACACAUCGUCGAGCGCCAGCCCCGCAUGCUGAACUUCAGGGUGGAGUACCGGCAGCGGACCACUGAGGUUGUAGUGGAGGAGGCCAGCACAGUUGGGGAAAUCAAACACAUCCUUGUGACAGAGCUGGGGGUUCCAGUGUCCAAAAUGCAGCUGAAGGGAUGGAAGAGUGGUGACGUACCAGACAGCACGGUCCUGAGAAGUUUACACCUGCCCAAGAACAACAGCCUCUAUGUCCUGACACCAGAUAUUGCCCCCACUGCCAGCACCAGCCAGAACAGUGCUCUCCCAGACUCAUUAAACCAGAACUAUCUGCUGGUCAUCAGUCAUCGGGAGACCCAGAAGGAGUACAGCCUCAACUUCCCCGGCACCAGAACUAUACAGGAGGUGAAAAGGAACGUCUCAGACCUAACCAACAUCCCUGUGCGGCACCAACAGUGGGAAGGAUGGCCUGCGUCAGCAUCCGAUGACUCUAUGACACUAGCAAAUUCUGGGAUAACUUAUCCCUGCCAUCAUCUCAGUGUGUGUCGGAGAUCUUCGCCAGCCAACGCCCAGGAUCCUACAGAAGAGUGUGCAGAUGUCCAUAUGAUCAGCGACAGCGAGGGCGAUGACUUCGAGGACGCGUCAGAGUUUGGUGUUGACGAUUCAGAGAUGUUUGGAAUGGGCUCCUCAACCAGUCGCAAAUCACCUUUGAUGCCAGAGAACAGUGAGAAUGAAGGGGAUGCCUUAUUGCACUUUACUGCCGAAUUUUCUACCAGAUAUGGAGAAGUACAUCCGAUGUUCUUCAUCGGCUCUUUGGAAGCAGCGUCUCAAGAGGCCUUCUACGGCAAAGCCAGAGAAAGAAAGCUGCUGGCCAUCUACCUCCACAACGACGAGAGUGUACUUAGCAACGUCUUCUGCUCCCAGAUGAUGUGCGCCGACUCCAUCGUCGCCUACCUGAGCCAGAACUUCAUCACAUGGGCCUGGGACGUCACUAAAGAAGCUAACAAGGCCAGACUACUCACCAUGUGCACAAGGCAUUUUGGCAGUGUGGUGGCACAGACCAUACGGACCUACAAGACGGACCAGUUCCCCCUGCUCCUCAUAGUUAUGGGCAAACGCACGUCCAACGAAGUGUUAAACGUCAUUCAAGGGAACACGACAGUGGAUGAGCUGAUGAUGAGGCUAAUGGGGGCCCAAGAAAUCUUCACAGCACAGCAACAAGAGGACAUCAAGGACGAGGACGAGCGCGAGGCGAGGGAGAUGGUGAAGCGAGAGCAGGACGAGGCCUACCGCCUGUCCCUCGAGGCCGACCGUAAGAAGAGAGAAGCACAAGAGAAGGAGGAGGCGGAACAGGUGCGCCAAGAACAAAUGAGGAAGGAGCAGGAAGAUGAGAAGGAGGCCAUCCGUCUGUCCCUGGAGCAGGCCCUACCGCCGGAGCCCACCCAGGAGAAGGGAGAGCCAAUCAGCAAGCUGCGUAUCCGCACGCCGAGCGGCGAGUUCCUGGAGCGGCGUUUCCUCGGCAGCUGUAAGCUGCAGGUCCUCUUCGACUUCGUGGCGUCCAAGGGGUACCCCUUCGAAGAGUUCAAGCUGCUCACCACCUUCCCUCGUAAAAAUAUCACCCAGCUGGACCCAGGGUCCACCCUGCUGGAUGCGAAGCUGUUCCCCCAGGAGACCCUGUUCCUGGAGGCCCGAGAAUAGGGCCGAGGCCCGUUGGGGCCGAGGGGGACUGACUGACAGACUGGCUGGACCCAUUCGUCACCGAGCAUGGGCCUCCAGUCUGGGACUACACAGACAUACAGACGCACAAACAUACGCGCACACACACAGAGGGACACACACAUGCACGCACAAAAAACACACACACAAAAGAGACCGACCUCUCAGAACAGACAAACCUAACACACACACAUGAAGCAACCUCCUCUGCUCUCGGUCUGAUCGUGCUACAUGAAUGCAUAGUGUACACGUAUUGCACAGAGAAGCAAAGACACUAUCACAAGCACACAGCCAAACACUCAUACCUCCCAAACACUCUCUCUCUCUCUCUCUCUCUCUCUCUCUCUCUCUCUCUCUCUCUCUCUCUCUCUCUCUCUCUCUCUCUCUCUCUCUCUCUCUCUCUCUCUCUCUCUCUCUCUCUCUCUCUCUCUCUCUCUCUCUCUCUCUCUCUCUCUCUCUCUCUUCCCCCCCCUUCCCCCCUCCCAACAGACUGUGCAGAGUCACGGUUUGGUCCCACAACGCAGUAUGAAAAAAAAGGAGACUUCAGUAGACAUUGUCCCAUUAAAAAAGAAAAGAAAAAAAGAAAAAAAAAGAUAAUAAUAAUAAUAAACAAAAAAAAAAGAAUGGACUUGGACCUCCUCCCCCACAUCAAGAACAACAAGGCUGCUUUUUUAGAACAUGGGUUUUUGUGUUUGAAUAAAGAAAUGCUAAAAAAAAAUGAAAUAAAAUAACAGCAAGAAGAGACCGCUACCUGGAUAAGGCUGGCCUCUCAUUUCUACCUGUCCAACCUCCCGCCUCUUUUGCUCUGAGCCUACCGUAGUGACCCCCCCCCCCCCCCCACUCAUUCCAUCCAAUCAUCUGCACCCUUCUCCUGUAUCCUCUGGUUUAGCCUCCAUUCCAUUAGCCAAUCAACUGCUUCGUUGUUCAACUUCUUUAUUAUUUUUCUUUUUUGUUUGAUGCUGUAUUAGUUUUAGUUUGAUACACAUUAUAUAAAAUCUAUAUGAACAUGGA